GCGGCUGGGCUCUCCCGGAGGCGCGCCGGAUCGCGGCGGCCGCCAACAUGGCCGAGACGAGCGAGGAGGUGGCGGUGCUGGUGCAGAGGGUGGUGAAGGACAUCACCAACGCUUUCCGCAGGAACCCGCACAUAGAUGAAAUUGGCCUGAUCCCAUGUCCUGAAGCAAGAUAUAACCGGAGUCCUAUAGUCCUGGUCGAGAACAAACUUGGUGUGGAGAGCUGGUGUGUCAAGUUCUUGUUACCGUAUGUCCACAACAAGCUCCUUUUGUACAGAACAAGAAAGCAAUGGCUGAACAAAGAUGAAUUGAUAGAUGUCACCUGCACCCUGCUACUUCUCAACCCAGACUUCACCACCGCAUGGAAUGUAAGGAAAGAGCUCAUCCUUUCUGGCACUUUAAGUCCAAUUAAGGAUCUACAUCUGGGAAAACUGGCCUUAACUAAGUUUCCUAAGAGUCCAGAGACAUGGAUUCACAGGCGCUGGGUGCUACAGCAGUUAAGUCAGGAAACUUCCUUGCCUUCUUCUGUGGCCAAAGGCAACUUAGGAACAGUUCCUGCAGAGAGGACACAGCUAAUACUACAGGAAGAAAUGGAAGUCUGUGGUGAGGCAGCAGGAAGAUAUCCCAGCAACUAUAAUGCCUGGUCCCAUCGCAUCUGGGUUUUACAGAAUGUGGCCAAGCUGGAUCUCAAGAUCCUUCUUGAUGAGCUAUCUUCUACUAAACACUGGGCAUCCAUGCACGUUUCAGACCACAGUGGAUUUCACUAUCGCCAGUUUUUGUUAAAAUCUUUGAUUAGCCAGACUGCAAUGGACACUUCUGCACUGCAGCAAAACUCUUUGAAAGAUGAGCCAAAAGAUGAAGAAGCAGCAGCUUCAACAGAGGAACCAAGGAUAGAUCUUACCCAGCUCCUAGAAGAAGAAGUGGAAUUCUGCACAGAUCUUAUUGAUUCCUAUCCAGGACAUGAAACCCUUUGGUGUCAUAGGCGGCAUAUUUUCUACCUUCAACAUCACUUAAGUGGCAGGUGUCCUCUCAACUUGACUCACCUGUCACCUGCAGACUGCUCUGGGGGUACUUUGAAUGACUUGCACCUGAUUCCAGCAAGCUCUCAACUAUCUCAGGCAAUGGAAGUAGAUGGACUGAAUGACUCUAGCAAACAAGGCUAUUCCCAGGAAACCAAACGCCUGAAGCGGACCCCAGCUCCAGACUCUCUAGGCCUAGAGAUGGAGCACAGGUUUAUUGAUCAAGUAUUAUCCACUUGUCGGAAUGUAGAGCAAGCCAGGUAUGCUAAUGCAUACAGGAAAUGGCUGGUGACUUUAAGUCAGUGAAAGGUGUGGAUUCAUCCUAAGAAAUCCCCUUUUAGUGCAAUAUUGCUUCCCUUUCUCAACGCCAUAGCUGCAUGGACUGACUGGCUAACUCUGGAUUCGUCAUCUACAGCUUAAAGUCUGUAAGAAAUGUUUUGUUUUAUUUAUUUUGCUCAGAGCUGGCAUUCCUUUGGGUACAAAAUAACUGUAUAGUUCCUUCUUGCUAAACAGUGAGUCUUAUGUUUUCCUGUUUGAUUCCAUGACCUUUAUUUUAAUAUUUGGGCUUUUCAUUUGGUUCUUGAGAUUGGUUCACCUAACUUUACCCACUUCAGUUCAGUUGCUACAUAAGCAGUUUCUUUAAAAAUUGAAAUUUUAAGUUGCAGUUCAGCUUAGGAAUAUUCAUAGAUGUGCAAAAGGACUUGCUCUAAUUGCAGUUUUGAGAAUAAAAUGGCUAGAUGGAUGGAUAUGUGCAAAUGUAAGCCACUUCUUUCUCAAGAAUGUUCUCCAGUUACCGACUAAGAGAACCAAAGCCAGGAGUGUUAGGAUUUAUAUAAAAAAAAAAUGCUUCCAAUGUAAUCUAUUUUUUAAAUGAUUAUUUAAAAGAAACUAAACUAAUUUAAGAGUUUAUGUAAUUGUAGUACUGGAAAAUUAUUUUUAUUACUAGUUUUGAUAGAUUGUUUUUACCUCAUAUUUGGUAUAUGCCAAAACAGUAAGUCAGCCCUUAUAAAAUAAAUUCUUUUUAAAAAAAACCCAGAAAUGCCAUUUUUAGUUAUUACUACUUUUUUCCUUCUAAAAUUACUCAAGAAAAGUGGAAGAAAACUACAUAUAAUUGUAGUCCUGUAAAGAUUUCCUUAUAAAAUUUAAGUUUCUAAGACUAUACUGGAUAUACUGCAGUUUUUGUCAAGUGGCUAGUCGGAGUUUACUGGCAAAAUCUAGGGAGGAAGGCUAGUUUUAAGCAUUAGUUCAGUUUUUACUUUUAAAGUCAAACAAAACACUUUGAUACUAAAUUCAUCAGGGAUAAGUACCAAAGUCCACAUUAUCGCUAUAUCUCAAUAACAAGGGCUGUGUUUUUCAGGUUGGUGAAGCGGGGGUGGGAAUGGGUCGAAUACCGUCUCUGUCUCUCUUGCUAUAUCCACCCCUUGGGAUGAGCCGUGAUUCCUCUGUGUCCAUCCCUUCUCUUUAUCUUACCAGUCCAUUCCCUGCUUUCCAUCACUCACUGGUCCAUAUUCUUUUAUUGUGUGUCUUUUUUUCAGGGAUACCCACUGAAGCUAUUAUCUCUCUUAUGUCAGUGAAUUUAAUACCUAGCUAUAAACACAGGAAGUAUGAAUAAAAGGUGCCCCACUCGUAUUCCUUCCUUUUAAUGCUUGUCUUGGUUAGGGUUUCUAUUGCUAUGAUGAAACACCACGAGUAAAAGCAACUUGGAGAGGAAAAGGUUUAUUUCGCCUACACUUCCAGGUCACAGUCCAUCACUGAGAGAAUUCAGGGCCGUACUCAAGCAGGGCAGGAACCUAUAGGCAGGAGCUGAUGCGGAGGCCAUGGAGGAGUGCUGCUUACUGACUUAGUCUCCAUAGCUUGCUCAUUUGGCUUUCUUUUAGCACCCAGGACUGCCAGCCCAUAAAGUGGCACCGCUCACAGUGAUCUGGGCUCUCUCUCAUCAAUCACUAAUUAAGAAAUUCCCCUGUAGGUUUGUUUAUGACCUGAUCUUAUGGAGGCAUAUUCUCAACUGAGGUUUUCUCUUCUCAGACAACUCUAGCUUGUAUCAAAUUGACAUAGAACUAAGCCAGCACAAUGGUGGAAGCUGUCUCAUCCCAUAUAUGUGCAAAAUGUAAGCAGUGAUUACAGAAACAAGCACCGCCAUCAUGUUUUGUGUGAUCUCUUUCACACUUGGUACUGUGUAGUGUAGGUAGAGGGACAGAGGGAAAGGCGAACUGCUCCUGUCUCACUCUGGUGGGCACUUGUACUUGAGUUAGGCACUCUUUAUUCAGAGAAAAAAUGAAUAAACUUUAGCUAGGGCAUCAUAGUCUUAUUGGGUGGCAGACUGCUGAGCUGAGUGAGGAGGCACUUAGGAUACUAGAAAAAAAAUUCUGCUGGCCCCAGUAGAUAGAGCUUACUUUCUUGGGGCAAAGUUAUGUUUACUGUUUUAUAGUAUUUAGAUGAUAAAAAUACUCAACAUUGUUAACAUAAUUCCACAGUUCUAUUUACAAAGCAUAGUUUGAAUCGUCAAAUACCUCAAGUUCUACAUGGAUCUCUAUAGGAAAACAAUUACAUGUUGUUUAACUUCCCUGAGAUUGAGUAGAAAUGACAGCAGUUAUUGCUGCCGACCUGUCUUUACUCGGUAUUACCUUUCUCGACAGCAUCCUUUUUCGUUUCCGAAGCAAUAGGGCUUAUAUUUCAUGUUGUUUGUCAGGCCAUGAGCAUAGGCUAUGCUGUAUGAACAUCUGCUAACUUUUUAUAGUGUUCCAUUCCUUUUUAUAUCUUCUACUCAGCUUCUUGGUCAUCUUUGGUGUUAGCUGCCUUCUUGUGUCCUCUAAGGCUCAGCCCACCCCUUCCUGAAGCCGUGGAGUCCUCUAAUAUACCGUGGUUUCUUCUUCCCAGGAAAGUAGAAAGUAGGUAGUAAAAAUGCAGAUAUCUAAAAGAUCCUGUUUCUGUGUGGCUUUUGCUACAUUACGUCUGAAAUUAGCAUUUUCAAGAGUUUGUCACAGGACUUAGGAUUUCCCUGUGUUUUCUCUAACUGUUUGGCAUUUACCCUCUCUAGCAGGCUACUGUGUCUUUGACCAAAUGAACUAAUGACAUAGAAAGAAUCCAUAUGAUGUAGGGCUUGUUUAGUCACAUCCUUCUGUACAUAAUGUUGCUGUUAAAAGGAAAAGUUAGUUUGUUUAGACUGACACAUUGAAUCUGCUCUCACCACAACCCCACCCUACCUUUUUUAAGGCUGUGUAUUUUGGUAAUUGUAUUUCCAGUUUAUAUCAUAUGCCUUGCACAUAAUAAGGACUUAAUAACUGUUUAUUAAGUUGACUAAUUCACUCUUUGAAGAAGGGAAAGAUUGAUCAUAAAUGAUGGAAUAAUGAUCAGGAAAUUAAUGAGUUAUAAGUUAGUGAUGUGGGCUACCUUCGUUAAUACUUAAGGAGAGCUCUCACAUGUAAAAUUAGUGAGAUUUAGAUUUGCUGUCUUCAUUACCUUGUUUAGGCUUAUUAACUCUCAGCCAUGAGAUGGAGCUCUAGAAUUCUCUUAGCUGUUUGUCUACACUAAAAACUCUCAGUGUCAAUAAGAUCCACUUGGUAAGAUUAUUGUUUUCUUUCACUAAAUGAUGUUGAAGAGCAGAUCUUGCAUACAGAGCCAGGGGCACAUUUGAGCAGAUGGCAUAAUGCUUGGAUUUAGAGACUUGUUGGUCUGUGUUUGUAUGUGAGUCAUCCCGAUCCCCAACUUGAACUGUGGGCCUUUUAGGUACUCCUGGAACCUGCAUGAGCCAUUUUUUAAGACUAAGGAUUUUAUACCCGUUACUAUCUCGUAUUACUUCUAAAAAAAUUAUGGGCCAGACAUUUCUUACUCUUGGGGCACAGCUCUAACUUAAGCUAAAUGCUUCAUUAAUUCUUUUCCCUUUGUUUUUGCUGGUGCUCAGGCUCACAUUUGUUAAUCAGUCAUAGAGUUAAAUGUGUACAGAUUAUCACCAAAAGCUACUUAGAGUUUCAAAUAAGGGCUAAGUAACAUACAACGUAGAAGCGAGCUUUUGAGUUUAUAUGCAGCAGUCUGUAGAAAGCAUGUGUGGUAGACAUAGUCAUUAGCUAAUGUUCAGAUUCUCUCGGUUCCUGGUGUGUGUGUGUGUGUGUGUGUGUGUGUGUGUGAAGAACUUGUUACAAAUUGUCCGUCUUGCAGUUUCUCUUACACAGCACAAGGUGGUGUCUGACAUGGGCCAAAUGUAACUUAGGCAUGGAACCACCACCAUACAGGCAUCUCAGUUGGCUCCCUAAGUUAGGGGCGAUUCAGUUGUAAAAUGAAGAAUCCUUUUUUUCCCCAGAAAGCUUCUUGGGUUUACUGUUAUUUUGCUAUUAGAAUUUUUUUUUAAAUGCUUGAUUCAAAAAUUUUUGAAUAUUGUAAAAACCAUAUCUUUUGUCUUAAAUAAAACUGCAAACCCUAGCAAUAUGUAUGCUCCUCCACCCCCAACACACAUGGUCUGUAAUGAGCUUCUGCUUAUUAAAGAAGCAUGUGGGGGUAUGAGGAAACUUCAGCAAACUCAGUUUCAUAGAAACAGUGAGUAAGAAAAAGCCACCCCAAGAAUUCCACAUAUUGUCACAUAGUGUCUUUUUAAAAAUAACUGUAUAAUAUCUUGAGUGCCUUUCUUACUUCAGUGAGGGUUACAAGGUUAUCUUAUACUGAACUCGAGAAGAUAGGAUCUUGUAAUUUAUAUUUCAUUAAUUGGCAAUUUUUGAGUGUCCUACUAAGAAUACCAAGACUUAGAAUUUGUUCUUUCCCUUUGUCAACUAACAUUUGGAGGCUUCGUAACUAGAGGUCCACGUGCACACAAUUAAACCUGUGCGCUCUGUGCUGGAAGGGAAGCAGGCCCCACACCAGGGCACCUCACAGCAGGUGGUUGUCCCCAGUGACCCUUUGCCUUAUUUGGAAGACCUUUCAAUAGCACUUGCUAACACCAAAAGAAAAGUGGGAAAUACUAAAAUGAAAUUUCAAAUUUUAUGUAUUUGUGUGGGGAAGGGGAAGGUAGUACCAUCAUAUUUCAUGAUAGCAAAUAAAUUUUCUUUACAGUAAAAAUUCCAAAGUGCUUUGCAGAGCAUUCUUGAAUAAUAUAUCUCUAAUUCCGUUGUGUUCAUAACUGAUGUGGGAACCAAUGUCUCCUGUGUGGGUUUAGGGUGUGAGGGGAAUUCUCAGGCUCUCAGCUGUGACUUCUGUACCUUCUCAGGCCAUCCCUGUUACUACAGACCACCAGAGACUAUUGGCUCACAAACCCAGGGCAGUUGAUUUGAUCUGUGCUUUCCGAACAAGAGCAUAGCCAUAAAGCUGGCCCUGACAUUUAGUAGUUGGUUGUUGUUCCUCAGGGGGUAGAAGAUUUCAUCAAUUAGAACAAAAUAUUAUAUUCUGUGGCCAAAAAGAAAAUGCAAAAUAUGCUCAAUACAUUGCUAGCUAUUGAGCGUUAGUAUGCAAAAGCUAAUCCACGCUGUCUUGCUGCUUGUCCUGGAGCUGUAUUGUGAAUGUUACCAUAAAUGUUGCCCACUAAGAGAAUUUCUGUGUUAUAGUUCCAGUUUGGGGGAAGUGGAGAACAUUAUAUUUUGUUUCAGUUGACUUUCUCAGCCUUUAAAAAUCAUAUUGAGAAAAAUAAUUGCUGUCGCUUUGCAAAUUGACAGCUGUUUUGCUUCCUAAGACUUCUUUUUCUCUGUGUGUGUGAGAUGUAAAUGCAGACAUGUUCAGAAUAUCCCCUAAUGCCUUGCAUGUUAUGGGAAACUAACCCGUCAGACUGAUAAAUACUGGAGAAGGAAUAUUAACGUAUCUCUCUCUUAAUCAUUGUCCUCAUUCUUGGUUUUGGGUAAAGUAUGCUACUUUGUAUGAAAAAUACAUUAUGAAGUUUAAAAUAUAUAAGGCAAGACUGUAUAACAUUGCAGCCAGAGUUGAGGAUCUUUUUAGGAAUCUAAGUGUACGUGUGUGAACAUACAUCUAAAGAGAUCUGGAGCCUAGGUCUACAUGAUUUUAUCCCAUUAAUUUUUAUAUUUGCUCAAAGUGUUCUUAUUUAAGGUAAUUUUCCCAAUAGACAGCUUGCUCUAGCAAAGUUGGAAACUGACUUAAGUGUCCACUUGCUCUAUGUAAAUUUUGUGAAAAGUGUUUGAUUAGGAGUUUGGUGGUUUUUAAAACACGUUAUUCUGCUUUUCUUCCAUCUCCUUAAGGAAUCAGCCUUUAUUUCAUCCUAGCGGUCACUCCUCAAAGCACUGCUCAUGUUUAUAAAGUGAUGGAUAAUACAAAUGAGGCUUUAGUGGGAUUUGUUUGUUUGUUUUUAAUGUGCCAUGGGGAAGUAUACUAACAUCAAUUCACACAACUCUCCCCUGGAAGCAUUCAUUCGUUUAUUCCUAUAUUCAAUGUCAUGUAUUUGAAGCAGGCAGCUUUUUGUUGGUUAAAGAAGUGGUACAGAUGAGAAGUACUUAGUCAGCUAUUGCUCUGCCAUCAGACUAAGAGCUCACCAGGGGGACUGUUGCCAUCUCUUCACUGAAGAAUACGUUUGUAGAGCCAUGUGUUGGACACUGAAAAAUGUUAUUACAUGACAUGAAUUAUUACACUUGCAGUUAGAGACAUAAUAACCAUGGUAUGAAGUCAGGAAUUAUAAAAAGCUGAAGCAGUAGCAUGUUGUGCAAGACACAUUUAAUAAAUGUCUUUAAAUAUUGGUGGCUGAACUCUUAAAGAGAGCUAUGGCCACCUUCUACAGCCCCCGUAUGUGUCAGCAUACCCUGCAUUUCCCAGUGGAAGCCCCUUAUUUCACCCCAAUUCUUAGUUCCUUUCCUGUGUCUUAAAAGUGAUAAUGGUAAAAUAGGAAGUUGGGCUGGGUGACUUCAUAUAAUUUUCUCAGAAUAUGUUUGACAUGAGGAAGAAAUUUUUAUCAAUAAUACUGUAGUUUGAGGACCUAUUCUGAGUUGACCUGAUGCAAAAGAUUUAAACAGUCUUGAAACAAAUAUUCCUACCUGAACUGUGAGGAAGCGAGUGUGUAGUGUAAGUCUAAAUGCCUUUGCCUUCAGUGAGCUUGCUGAUGCAUGACUGUAUCACUGGCUGAAGUCAACUCUACUUUUGGUGUAUUUUGUUCUAGGAGAGUAAUAGAGUGUACACUAUACUAGAUCACAGUACUGUUUCUGAGCCGGAAACAAAUCAAAGAUGAGGUGUUAGAAGUACGCCAAAUAUUUAUAUACUAUUACAAAAACAAAGAGAAAGACUUUAAAAGUACAGCAAUGUCUUUUUUUAAACUUGGGGUUUUGUAUGCUAGUUAAUUGCAUAGUUUAACAUUAUAAAACUGAGGGACUUUCACUGAAGAAAAAGAUCUCAGAUAGUAUAUUCUACUAUUAGUUUACAUUGCUUGUAGAUUUUCCAAAAAGAGCGUCCAGUAGACUGCAGUUAACAGUGGACUCUUGACUCAUGGUGCAGCGUCAGAUCCUGGGCAUUAAGUAUUGGUUAGGCCAGCUAAUUUCUUGGAGACACUGUCUUCACUGAUAGUACUUCCUGUGCUAUCCCAGUCUGCAUGGAAGUUCCUUUCGCUCUUACGUAUCCACAGUUUUAAAAGGAUUAAAUCUCUUGUGAAUUCUUUACAGUUAAAAUGUAUACCCUGGAGGGGAAUAAGAAUAAAUUUUAUAAAAAGGUAUGUGCAAAGUACACUUGUGGUAUUUGGGAGUUUAGUAUCCCAGACUGAUUAAAUUAUGCUAAAUUCUAAAGCUAUCACUUGGACUUUUGGCUAAGAUUAAAUGUAAAUUCUAAGAGUAACAUAAUCAUGUGUUGUUUAUGACUGUGGUAUUCAAUGGAAAUGUAAUGUGAACCAAAAUGAAAUUAUAAUUUUUCUAGUAGCAAUGUCUAAGAAGUGUAAUUAACUUUAAUAAAACUAUAUCUUAUCUAACUUAAUCUAUUAAAAUACUAUUUCAGCAUAUAAUCAUUAUAACAAAACUAAGGAGCUGGCCGCCUCCUUUCUUCACAGUUCAGUGUGCUCUGCCCUGUGUCGGCUCCUGGGGCUCCACGUGUGGCCAGGUGCUGCUGCGCCAGCAGUGCAGAGUUCCUGGGUGCAGCGCACACAUCUGUGUAAAUUUGGAGGUGACAAGUAGACAUGAUUUUUCAGUACUUUAUGGAUGAGUUAGGAUAUUUAGAAAGAUAUCUAAUGGAGUUUUCCUUCAUCUUAAUUUAAAUUUGCUGUAGAACUUGGAUCAACCUGAUCAAGUUUGCCAAGCAUUUUUUUAAAGAGGAGGAAUCGUGUGCCAUGUAGAAUACCAUAGUCACUGUCACGAGUACUGAUGGUGCGAUUUCAGUCGUCACUAAAGUCCAUCCUGUUUCUUACAAAUAAUAGCUUAGGUCGCAUGCUUACUGUGUAUCUGUACCUGUUUGUUUUCUAUUAUUCUUGUUGUAUAAUGAUGUAUAUUAACCAGCAGCCCUAGGAUUCUAAUCUAUGCAGCCGUCUUCCAGAACGUACUGAUGUACUUACUAAAUUAUGAUAAGUGGCAGAGAAAUAGGAUGAGCCAUUUCUUUUUCCAUUAGAUUUGUUCUUUUAACAUGGAACCAUGUACCAAACUAGCUGUAAAUUACUGUAUUUCUGUAGACUAUGGAAAUGGUGUUGUCUUUGCUGAUGUCUAAGUAAACUUUACCUCUCCUAAAACAAGUGCCACGUGUGAUUGAUCUCUGUGCUUGGCGUCCACUUGCCAAGACAUCCAGGCGAAAUGCUCUGAUUGUGUUAGGGGGGUGACAUACAGUCUGAAUGAAACCAGGAACUGAUUAUGUAAUACAAAUCAAAGAACAUUAAAAAAAUCAAACUUAGAGAAAUUGCAUAAUUGUCUUUCAAAUACAUUAACAGUGACAGAUUGACUUAGGAAGUCAUUAUGACCGUAUAUACUUUAUAUCUUCAAAUGAAGAUAAAGUGAGACGUUGCUAGUGUUACACCCUAGCCUGUCUCUGUAUACUGUAAGUUAUAAAUUACUUACACUUGAUGGAGAAGCCUAUAGAUGGACCUAGAAAAGUAGGCAGUGAAGUAAAUACUAUUUGUACUCAGAUUUUAAAUAUUCCAGAAGGGUGUUUUCUGUUGAAGGGCAUUGUUAACAGCAAAGGUUAUGUUAGUAAUGAUAUACUAUUAAUUAUGCAUAUUUUGUAUAGGAAACAGGCUGUGGAGGGUUCUUUGUUUUAUUUUUGUUUUUUUAAUCAUUCCAAAGAGCUAUAAACUACUUAAAAAUGCAGGGUGUUUACUUGUUUUAACUGUUAUGAUAAUGAAACUUAUUUUUUGAUUUUGGUUUUUUGUUUAUUUUUCAAGACAGAAUUUCUCUGAGUAUCUCUGGCUGCCCUGGAAUCUGCUUUGUAGACUAGGCUGGCCUCAAACUCACAGAGAUCUUUUCUACCUCUGCCUCCCUGAAUGCUAGGAUUACCACCACCCAGCUGGAAGGUAACUUCUUAAAGACAGUCUUAACAUAGACUAAUAGGCACACUGUAUGACUAUGACAAAAUUAGUAUUAGAAAGGGUGCUUCUCUGGAAAAUCAUACUGUUUAACAGCCAUGUUUCUCCAAGUGCAAGACUAGCCCUAGUAACAGAUGUGGCCAGCACACUGGCCAGCUAAGUUAAUGUAAGGGUCCUUGGCCAUUGGCCUGAACUUAGCAGAUGCACCAUUUUCCUCGAACUCACAGACAUGGCACUGUGCUAUUUUAGAAAGAUGCAAGUGGCAUAGCACUUGUCUCCUAGGUGCUCCUCCCUAAGGCCAGGCUGGGCAUCAGCUUUAAGCAACAGUGUUCUUGCAUGAGAGACACCCUAUUGCAUGUGUUCUGUUUAAGGAUAGCAGAAAUUGAAAGGCUGCUUGGCCCCUCUUCUAGGCUUUAAAAGAAAGCAAGGAUCGGCCUGUGUUUUUCCACAGGAUGAUUCUUAAGUAAUAUUAGCUUCUGGGAUAGAAUCUACGUUUAGUAACACAACACUCAUAUUCACAGAAAGCUUACAUUGUAUGCUUCAUAUUCCUCUCAGAGUAAUCACACAUGCUGAAAGGUUGACCUCCUGUCUCGAGAGCUAAUGGGCUGUCAUG